AUGGAGAUCUCACGAGGACCCCCCCGGGUCAAGAACAAGGCCGCAGCGCCUAUACAGAUAUCUGCCGAGCAGCUGCUACGAGAGGCAGUCGACCGACAGGAGGUGGGCGUCCAAGCUCCGACGCAGCGCUUCGAAGAUUUGGAGGAACUGCAUGAAUACCAAGGUCGGAAGAGAAAAGAAUUCGAGGACUAUGUUCGGCGCAAUCGAAUUAAUAUGAACAAUUGGAUGCGCUAUGCACAAUGGGAAUUGGAACAAAAGGAAUUUCGCAGAGCGCGAUCGAUUUUCGAGCGAGCUUUGGACGUCGAUUCUACCUCCGUCGUGUUAUGGAUUCGUUAUAUUGAGGCUGAGAUGAAAACGAGGAAUAUCAAUCAUGCUCGAAACUUGCUUGACAGAGCUGUGACCAUCUUACCGCGAGUCGACAAGCUGUGGUUUAAAUAUGUUUACAUGGAGGAGACCCUUGGUAAUAUCCCGGGUACACGUCAGGUGUUCGAACGAUGGAUGGCGUGGGAGCCAGACGAAGGUGCAUGGAGUGCAUACAUAAAGCUUGAAAAGAGAUAUAACGAGUUUGACCGCGCGAGGACUAUCUUCCAAAGGUUUACCAUCGUUCAUCCAGAGCCAAGAAACUGGAUCAAGUGGGCUCGCUUCGAGGAAGAAUAUGGAACGAGCGACCUAGUCCGGGAAGUCUAUGGACUUGCGAUUGAAACCCUUGGCGAUGAUUUCAUGGAUGAAAAGAUUUUUGUUUCAUACGCCAAGUUUGAAGCCAAGCUAAAAGAGUACGAACGGGCUCGUGCAAUUUAUAAGUUCGCACUUGACCGACUACCACGCUCCAAGUCAGUCACUUUACAUCAGGCAUAUACGACAUUCGAAAAACAAUUUGGCGACCGUGAAGGUGUUGAGGAUGUUAUUGUGAACAAACGUCGCGUUCAGUACGAGGAACAAAUCAAGGAGAACCCUCGCAACUACGACGUAUGGUUUGACUUUGCUCGAUUGGAAGAGACGUCAGGAGAUGCAGAUCGCAUCAGGGAUGUAUACGAAAGAGCAAUCGCUCAGAUACCGCCUUCUCAGGAAAAGCGCCACUGGCGGAGAUAUAUUUACCUAUGGAUUUUCUACGCAAUAUGGGAAGAGAUGGAGAGCAAAGACAUCAGUCGUGCCAGACAGAUUUAUCAAGAAUGUCUGAAACUGAUACCGCACAAGAAGUUUACGUUUGCCAAGAUUUGGCUCAUGAAGGCUCAAUUCGAGAUACGCCAAAUGGAUCUCCAGGCAGCCCGAAAGACACUUGGUCAAGCACUUGGCAUAUGUCCUAAAGACAAAUUAUUUCGGGGUUAUAUUGAUUUGGAGCGCCAACUAUUCGAAUUCAACCGAUGCCGAACUCUUUAUGAGAAACAAAUCGAGUGGAAUGCAGCGAACAGUCAGGCCUGGAUCAAAUUUGCCGAGCUUGAACGAGGAUUGGAAGAUAUCGAACGAGCGCGCGCGAUUUUUGAACUGGGCAUCGAACAACCAAUGUUGGAUAUGCCCGAGUUGGUCUGGAAGGCGUAUAUCGAUUUCGAGGAAUACGAGGGAGAAUACGACCGGACGCGUGAAUUGUACGAGCGAUUGCUAGAGAAGACAGAUCACGUCAAGGUCUGGAUCAACUAUGCUAAAUUCGAGAUCAACAUCCCGGAAGGCGAAGAGGACGAAGACGAAGAGGAAGAACGGCCAGUCAGCGAAGAAGCCAAACGACGGGCUCGCAAGAUCUUUGAACGAGCCAACAAAGUGAUGAAGGAAAAGGAACUCAAGGAAGAGAGGGUGGAUCUCUUGAAUGCAUGGAAAGCAUUCGAACAAGCCCAUGGAUCCGCCGAAGAUCUCGCGGCGAUCGAAAAGCAGAUGCCACGGCGGGUCAAGAAGCGUCGCAAGUUGGACGACGAUCGUUACGAGGAAUACAUGGACUACGUUUUUCCGGCGGACGAUGCAUCGGCAGCCAAUUUGUCUCGACUUUUGCAGCGUGCGCAUGCAUGGAAACAACAACAGGGACAAAGCUGA